AUGAGGAUUUUGUCUGUUGGAGUGCUGAUAGCCAUGGUGCUUACGUGUUCGGUAGAGGCGCGCCCUAAGAGGCAUCGUUCACAUCACCACACUAAGAAAGCUUCAUUGGAUGCUUGGCACGUAAAUGAUGUCUUCCCGGACCCAAACACUGAUGCCUGUUCUCAUGUCGAAUGUCCUAAGGGCAGUGAAUGUCUAGUCAACAGGACGACUAACCUGGCGGAGUGUAUCUGUCGACCUUACUGCAAGCCCCACUACAAGCCAGUCUGUGGUUCCGAUGGCGUCAUGUACGAGAAUCAUUGUGAGCUUCACCGUGCGUCCUGCGUAAGUGGACAGCGUAUCACCGUACAUAGCCAUGGGUGCGACACCCCGCAGACAGCCUUCGUGAUGACCACUACACCCGAAGGUCCUAUCCCAUCAAUGUCCCCGACGGAAGCACCUGAUACAUGUACCCCCGAGGAGAUGGCCCAGCUGAAGGAAGAACUCAUAGCACACUACCGAGAACAGUUCCACAACCCUAAUGAGGAUAACGACCUACCUCCACUGAAUAAGAAGUACAUCGUGAGUCUGAUUUUGAAUCACUAUGAUAUCGAUGCUGACGAUGCAAUUUCCCGCCAGGAAAUGGAAUCAGCCAUGACCCUUGACCGCAUUACUGACCUCUUACCCGGAUGUUCUUUCCUGGAUGUACUAGACUCGGGUGAUUUUGAUGGGAACGAAAAACUGAGCGGAAUGGAACUCUAUCGAGAAUUCAACAUCAAAGCAGUAUCGCUCUCAGGAAGCAUAGCUCAACGUGUUACGGUAGCAAAGGUUGGCGACAACCUGGCCUUACCUUGCGAGCUCUCGUCAGAUCACCCUCUUGAGAUCCGAUGGACCAGGAACAAUGCCCCUCUUACAGAGAUACAGGAGUAUCAAGGAAUCGGGUUCUAUGCUGGUGAUACGUCUCUCUACCUAACGGCCAUCACACUCAUGCACGAAGGUUCAUACGCCUGCUACGCGGAGGGAUAUGAAGAAGUGAAGCAGACUCACCUUCUACAGGUUCAAGUCCCACCAUCGGUGAAGAUAUGUCCUCAUUCCCAGCUCAGGAAGCAGGGCAGCAAGGCCCGGGUCCAGUGCCACGCCGAAGGGAUCCCUACCCCACAAAAGAGCUGGACCAGGAACGACAUACCGCUGGUCCAAAGUGAUAGGAUCGAAAUGCAGAAUAAGAACAGCAGUGUUUUAGUAAAGGAGAUCUCCUACCCAGAUACAGGUAUCUAUACCUGUACAGCUACUAACCCUCUCUCAGAAGCUCAUCAGAGUGCAUCGGUCUUUAUCCAACCUCAAGAUCAUCCUCUUUCACCUGGUCCACUCCACGUCUUCUACCUGUUCCACCGUGAUGGCAUCCAGACGUUCGAACCCGAUACCUGCGGCUUCAGACUGGCCCUGACUGGAGCCAGCACCUUACCCGAUACGAUCAAGACACUCUGCAGUGUUGACCAGGUAUCCGAGACACGCCGAUGUGACUGGGGUGACGCGGUCAGUGUGGAUGACCGCUACAUCUAUGCGUCACAACCGUAUGAGAACCGCGUCGUAGUACUGGAUGCACGUUCACAAAGGAUCAUUGAGGUGAUUAGUACAGACGGCCAGCCGGUAUCUCUCCAAUACGUAGAACACGUGGACUCACUGUGGGUGCUAUGUCGGCGAUCGGAGGAGGAAGCUAAGGCAGGGCGUCAGUCCAUCAUGGUCAUCAAAUCCGCUGGUCAACCAGGACCUCACCAUACAAUCCACACCGAGCCUGUAGGACACACAUUUGAGCUGGUCGAAGGUCUCUUCAUCCCAAGGGAACAAAUUCCUAAGCAGGGCACUAUGAACUUUGGAUACAUUGUACAUCACAACCAACUCGGUCUCCAUAAGAUAGACCUCGUCCGUAUGGAACGCGUUGCUCUCAUUGACCUCACCGCAUACAACUGUCACCCGGAAGCACUUAACUUUGUCGCCAUCGGCGGAAGUGUCGUUAUCAACUGUGCCGGAAGUGAAACAGUCCCAGCCAAGCAAUUGGUCCUGGAUUACUUGACAGAUAGUGUCAUCAAGGUCAACGAGGGUAUCCGAGGUCGUCCGUACGUCUCACCAGACGGCCGGUACAUCAUCAGCGUCGAUGCCAACCACCAGUACGUCCAUGUCCAGAAGGUCCUCUCCGAGUCUGGCAAGAUCAAGACGGCAUUCGAAGUCAAGACCAAUCUCCGAAUCAGCGACGUCGGCUUCUUCCCGAGCAAGACCUCCCACACCUACGACGUCUUCGCCACAUCACGUGACCAACCCGACGUCCUGUUCAUUGAUCUCGAAAGCGGGUUCGUGAAGACCAUCACCGGUGUCCAAACCCCGAUCGACGACGAGGACUGGCCAUGGGACAGUCGCAAUCGUAGGAUCGUCAACAGCGGCUUCUUCGAUCCUUACCUUGUCACACCCGCAGCUAACCAUGAAAUCGUCAUCAAUGGCCUACUACGAAAGGUUCAUUGCGACAUCGAGGAUAUUGCCGUAGCUAACGUCAUUGUCUGGAUUGGAAAAUGUUAGACAUCGGUUUAGAAAAGUAAUCAUAAAAUUUCUCUCGUUAAAAAAAAAUGAGAGACUUUGUGUUACCCUUCCAGGGUAGGCUCAUAAUAUUCGCGACUAUUUUCUAUUUCUGUUAUCUGGAUUCUAUGCAUUUUAAGAGAUGUAGAUGGAUUAUGUUCGUAUGUAUACAUUUGGUUUGCUCGUUAUUAUGUGCAAUGUAUUAUAGUUAGUGGAAGAGCAUAUUUUUUUUGUUGCAAAUGAUAUCUAGUACUUACCGUUAUGGUUUAGCAGAGAAUGAUUACAAUGCGGCAUGCAAAUUAUUGAUUAUUAUGUAAAUAAUUAAAGUUUUAUUUUAGAUGUAGAUUUUGAAGGAAAUUGAAUUUUAUGUUGUACUAUAGUGAGAAGGAGGAUGAUAUAAUAAUAUUUUUUGCUUGGACUCUUACACGACUAAGUACUGCUCUUAAAGAGGCUGUUUACACUGCGAAAAAUAUCACGAUUUUGUGCGCGCCACGGUCCGUUUUUUGGUGGUGUAAACAGCCCUGUACGUUGAAAGAAAAUACAAUGACUACUCUCUAAUGAGUAUGAAAUCAUAUAGUUGUAAGUAAUGUUUGAAGCAUAAUGUUUAUUUUACUCUAUAUGUUUGGUUUUGUGAUAUAUGAUUAUAUUUGUAUAUGAUUUACUUGGAUUAUAUCGAUAAGAAUAGUAUUAUUAACCCCGCGGGUAAUGGUUUAAGAAUAUGUAAAUAACUGUAAAUCUAGUGAAGUUCAACUAAGUCAAAAUUUAAUAUGUAGGGCUUUAUAGAAUGCCCUUACAGAUACGUUUUUAGAUAGAAAAUUAGAUAGAUGAAAACUGGUAUAAUUGCCAUGUCACAUAACGCGAACAUUAUGAGUAGUAUUUUGUUCGUUUUUUUAUAUUCUAUUUUUUUUUCUCACUCUGCAGAACUCCAGCUUGUAAAUAAUUAAGGUAUAAAAUAUCAUUUGGACACUCUGUACUUCCUCAAAACCAUAUUUGCGGCGAUGCAAAAUGUUUAGUAUAGGGUCCAUUUAUUUCUAGACCACUGUAUAUUAUUGAGCACUUUCUUAUCAAUGAUCGAGUAAUAUACUUUAUGUUCGUCGUUCAUAUUCGAUUGUAAACAUAUAUAUAUCACUUAUUCAGUGUAUACUUAAUAACUACGUGCUUCGUUCGUUAAAUGAUAACGAUUAUAAGAAAUCAUUAAUGUCUAAUGUGGCAAAAGUGUAUGUAAGUAUAUGUAUACACAAGUCAUAAUCCCUUAGUUUGUUUCUGGUAUAUGGUACAUGAUGUUCAAAAUGUGUCAAUAGAAUCACAAUCGGUUGCUUGUGAAAUGCGCUCGUUUAUCGUAUAUCUAAACAAUACCUAACCACAAGCAUGGCAAAUACACAAGUAUUUCUGAGUAUUAAAUGGAUGCAUUGCAUGAAACUUUCAAUGUCAUAUUCUGCGCAGUAAAUUCAUAAUAUAUAGAGAAAAAAUAUUAUUGUAGCGUAUCACAAAUUAAUUCCUAUAACAACCAACUUUGCCUUUGAGUAUUCAAGGUACUAUUUGACAUGGGAAGGCAUUCGCGAAUUCCGGGCCCCUUUAUAAUUAUUAAAAAAUUAUUUAUAAUGAUAACUACAAUAAUAACAUGUCUAGUGUAGUUUAAUCUCAUCAGUAAUACUGUUCUCAAUGCAUGAGGGCUCUGCAAUCAUAUUAUUACCCUUGCUUUAGCUGAACUACCAUGAUGAGGCGCUCAAGCAUUCAAUGAAUUUAUUCCUAUCGUGUACCCAUUUAUUAAACCUGGAUGGAGAGUGGCAAACGUAGAUUAAUAUCUUUCCAAAGGACAUUAAUGCCGCAGCGGGACUCGAACAAUGUUUGUCUCACAUUUAAGAUCAUGAGCACCAACAAGAGCAAAAAGAAAAAGAAAAUAUUUCAACAAAAUUGAUCCAAAAAAUGAUACAGCAGAUAUAUUUGAUACAAAAUGUGUCUGAGCGUUUGCAGAACUGGCGUUUUUACAAAGGCGUGAACGAUAAACAAACAAACUUUUCCAUGCGUCAUACAAUGUACAUUUGAAUUUAUUUCCACAAAAAAUGAAAUUAAUUAAAGUGUACAAAAUGAUAUAUGUACAAUCAAAAUAAGUGAAGGGAUAACAAAAGUAUAAACAAAUUAUAUAGUUUAUCCCCUUGAAUGUCAUCAACUUCAUGAAAUGGUUAGCAACCUGUUAAAAGUUUACACAUUGUUUUGUGAAGCAAACUGAAUUGAUUCAAGCAAAAUUAUGCCCUCUUUCGUAUUUGCUCUAAAUGUUCAAUAGUACCUUCAAAAUUCAACUCUACAUUCACCAAAGAAACCCGUGUAGCUUCAUGCACUUGUCGUAUAAUUACAAAUAAUAUACAUACAAAAUACAUAGGAGUUGUACUUUGCCUGUGUCAGUACAAAAGUACAGUAAAAUGUAUCUUUAGAAGCUGCGGUUAUCAACUUUCUAAUAUUCUUACGAUUAAAUAAAUUGCAACAGGAGACCAUUUAUCGGGUAAGUUCCUUCAAAGUAGUUUUCUUUUAUCAUGUACAAGUGUUUUGUGAUAUGUUUUGCUAUUAAGUAUUUUGUAGUUAGAGAAGAUAUAGAUUUAGUUUAGACAAUAAGACAAUAAGUAGCAAGGAUUACAAAGAAUGGUCUUAGAGUAUAGCUCGGUCAUAUUGAACGUAAUGAAGGUAGGCAGGAUUGUAAUAUUAGAGUUUACUUUAUAGGUGAAAUAAUUAUAUUCUAGAAAUAGUAUUUAAGUCCAUCUUAUGAAUUAUUUGGUUUUGAUUUCAACCGUGUGAAAAUUUGUGUAUUAGCCAAGGAUUUUAUACAACGAAUCUCUCUCUUAAUAAUUUUUUUGUUCCGGUAGUCACGUGAGAGAAUUAAAAAUAUAGAAACAUCUGAAAAAGAUUAACAUUAUCACUUGAGAUUUUUUUUCUUCAAAGUGAUUAUAUCUUUUGUCACGAUUUAGAAUUUCGUUAACGGGAAAAGUUGAGAUUGGUUAGGUUACUUUAAAAUGGAGACCAAGUUCGAGGGUUGGUGAAUCUUUUCAGCAUAAUUGUAUUCGUGAAUCGUCUUAUCAUUAAAUGAAAAUGAAAAUGGUAGACGAAUAAAGAACUAGCAUUUAUUGUAUUCAUGUGUUUUGUAGAAUAGUCAAGUCCUAUACUCAGUUUUUAUUGGUUGGUUUAUAGUCCAUGUUAUAACAUGUAUAACCAGGAAAAAAGGUAGAAUGAUGUGACUAACAGUUUCAGUUAUUGUCUCGUUUUUUGUAUAUUUGAUGUCGGAUACUGAUUUUAGAAUGAUUGACCAGGGAAUAUACAGGCUUGGAGAAAAACAAAGACUAAGACACGAGUGACUAUGUACCGACAAAUGUUUGACCAUUGUUUCAUUUGUUGCUUUUCUUCUCAUGGUUUAUUUCGUGAAGGCAUUGUCUGGAAAUGACCUACAAUUCCAUGUUCAUGAGAUCAAUAUUUGUGCGUAACUUGUCUUUAUUUCGUAGAGUCACGAUUAACUUGCAGAUGGAGAUAUUUUACAUUCUUUAAAAAACAAAAGAAGAGGAUAUGGUGUUUCACGCGACCAAAUUAAUAAUUUGCCCUUGCAAAACUAAUAGCGAUGUGAUAGUUUUCUCUUGACCAUAAUCACGUGAGAUAUCUAAUUGAAAGAUUAAUCCAUCUAGGUUGGAACGAAGGUGUAUGUGUACUUAAAUUGAGGGAUGAAAAAGGGAAUAGUCGGUGUAGAGUUAUGACAUGUAACUACGAGGAGAUAACGCGUUGAAGCAAGAAGGGCGUUUACUCAUUUUAACACGGAGUAAAUCCCUUCAGGAUCCGAACAGAUGUCUUAUACAUGAAGAAUGAUUAGAAAUUCGAAACAUUUUUCAAACAACAAUUUUAGGACUGAAGGCGUACUAAGUUUACAUGACUUAUGGUAUAGAAUGUUUAAGUUUUUGUUUUUAAUUUUUAAAGUUACAUCAAGUUAUUCAUGAUGUUUGAUAUGUAGAUGGGACGUAAAAGGGUGUGGUCAAAGUCGUAAAGUAAGAUUCUUUGUUCUUUAAGAAAAGAAGAUAAUGUGCAUGUUGAUAUCUAUAUACAUAGAUAAAAGGAUAAAUUCUAAUCCAGCAUACCAUUCAGUUGAAUAUACUGAAAGCAUGUCACGCAUCCGAAAUUCAAAAAUAUACUGCAGGUUUUUCAUCUUAUCUAUUAUGAAAUGUUGCAUGUUGGGAUUUUUUUUUCGUUUUCAUCUUUCAUGUCUAUUUGAUACUAAGCGUCUCAUGAUUUAUGUUAUUGAAAACAAUAAUCGGUAAAAUUAAAAUGCUUUUGUGAUAAAGUGAUUAAUAAAAGAAUGUGUCUAAAAA